CUGCAUCUCCUUCCUCCUCAGUCCUCAGUCUUCCCGUAUUUUCUCCUCUUAAAACCCUAACAACAUAAGCAGCGUAUUGUAGUUGUAUCCAUAGUCGUCGCCGCCUCUGCCGACCACCUCCCCUUCUCUGCUGCUGCUAUUCUCGGGCCAAUGGCGCGUCAGGGACAGGCCUGGUUAUGAUCGUAAGACGUUCUCACGUUCUUUAUGGACACUUCACCUGCUGGGUUUCCUGUACCUCAUAAGAAGCUCACUAUUGAUAUUAAGGGAGUAAAAACAGAUCUGGUCAUUUGUCGUUAUGAAGAUCAUUUCCUUGUAAUUGUGACUCAACUUGGAAGUAUGGGAACGUUACUGCAAGCCAGAAAGGAGGAAGGUGUAUCAGUUCACCCGACAUUUAAUGUUUCUGUUAUAUUUGGCAAGCGAGAUGAGCCAAUGCUAUUGGUGUGUGCUCGCCAGCUGAUUGAAAACAUAAGUGCUGCUGGCUCAUCUAGGUCGCUGGUACUUUCCCUAGGUCUGAAAGACCAUUCAAUGGGUACAGUCAAGGCCGUAGUCUUUGCAGUGAUAGAAAAUAGAAUGUGGUAAUCUUCUCGACAAAUGGAACAACCGACUUACAACAGAUUCUUCGUCAUUUUGUCGUAUAGCAUGUCUGGAUGCAUGCAAGCAGGAAAGUAGACAAACGAGUGAAUAAACGGCUUACUCUAUGGCAACCUUUCUAAAGAUCAUGGAAUUUCAUAAAUUUGCUAAUGUUAAACCAAGUUAUACUCAGAAAGUUUCACCUUUAAAUACAGUUUUCCUAGGAGCUUAGAGAUUUCUGGAGGAGAAAGUUUUGCUCAUAUCACUAUUAAGUAUAUCAUUGCCAUCAUUGUGCGCUAAUCUUCAACUAUGUUAUACUUUGUAUAUCAUUUCUCAAUAUAGUUUAGAAAGAACUUCUCCCUAAA